GUGUCAACAUGGCGGCAUCCAUGGCAUCACAAGCUGCAGCAAGAGGACUGAGGACAGCAACCUCAAAGAACAUCCUUCUCGACAAACUAAAGUGCACCUGGUUGAGUCCCAGGAGAUGGCUGAAUCUGCAAGAGUACCAGAGCAAGAAGCUGAUGCAAGAGAGUGGCGUGGCCGUCCAACGCUUUUAUGUGGCCGACACAGCUUCUGAGGCCCUGGAAGCUGCAAAGAGGCUCAAUGCCAAGGAGAUCGUACUGAAAGCUCAGAUUCUGGCUGGUGGUAGGGGCAAGGGGGUUUUCGACAGCGGCCUUAAAGGUGGAGUGCACUUAACUAAAGAUCCUGCUGUAGUUGGUGAGUUGGCUAAUAAGAUGCUGGGUUUCAAUCUGACUACAAAGCAGACACCUAAAGAUGGAGUGAAAGUAAAGACGGUGAUGGUUGCUGAGGCUCUGGACAUUAGCAGGGAGACCUACUUUGCCAUCCUGAUGGACCGUUCAUGCAAUGGCCCUGUGAUGGUGGGCAGCCCCCAGGGAGGCAUGGAUAUUGAGGAGGUGGCUGCCAGCACCCCAGAACUCAUCUUCAAGGAAGUCAUAGAUAUAUUUGAAGGUGUUCAAGACGACCAGGCGCUUCGCAUGGCAACUAAUUUGGGUUUCAAAGGACCACUGCAGAAACAGGCAGCAGAUCAGAUUAAGAGGCUCUAUGAUCUGUUCCUGAAAGUCGACGCCACUCAAGUCGAAGUCAAUCCUCUCGGAGAGACUCCCGAAGGACAAGUGGUUUGCUUUGAUGCAAAGAUCAACUUCGAUGACAACGCUGAGUUCCGUCAGAAGGCAGUGUUCGCUAUGGACGACAUGACUGAAAGCGACCCCACGGAGAUGCAGGCAGCCAAGUGGGACCUCAAAUAUAUUGGACUGGACGGAAACAUCGCCUGCUUCGUGAAUGGCGCUGGCUUGGCCAUGGCCACAUGUGACAUCAUUGACCUGCAUGGAGGAAAGCCAGCCAACUUUCUAGACCUGGGUGGAGGAGUCCAAGAGAGACAAGUGUACGAGGCCUUUAAGCUGCUCACUGCAGACCCUAAGGUUGAAGCCAUCCUGGUCAACAUCUUCGGAGGAAUCGUAAACUGCGCCAUCAUCGCCAAUGGCAUCACCAAGGCCUGUCGAGAGCUGGAGCUGAAGGUGCCUCUAGUGGUCAGGCUCGAAGGGACCAACGUCCAUGAAGCUAAGAGGAUUCUGACUGAGAGCGGCCUGCCCAUCACGGCCGCGGACAACCUGGAUGACGCCGCCAAGAAAGCCGUAGCCGCCAUCAAAAAGUAGAACCCUCUCCGUCUCACCGCAUUCUCUCUGUCCAUCACGAAUAUUCAUAUCUGCCUCAGAUCACAGUGCGCCUUUUCUCAUCUCCGCUCAGACUUCGGGCCUUUGCUUCAAACUCCUGAACGUGUUCCAACACAAGCUACAAAUCAACACUUUGAUGCUGGUUGAAAAUUCCUAGAUCUGAUGGUUGAGAUGGUGUAUCAUCUCAAGGCUUUCCACAGCUCACUUUUUUCUCUGCGGUAUAAACGAGCUGUUCCUUUUAUAAGACAUAAAUCAAUUAUUAAUUUUCCACAUAACAUUACGAGAGUGACCUCCGUUAGAGAUUAAACGGAGGUCUUACACUUUGUGCAUUCCACUCGAGACAAAACGUGGAUUUCCUUCUUAAUAUCAUGGUAUUUUUAUGGGGGUAUUAUUUGAUAUAAAUGAAGCAUUUUCCAUCUACACAUUCUUUUAACAGCUGUGUCAUGAGGAGGUAUUCUGAUGAAGUUUUGAAAGGCAGCAUAUCAGUCAGUAACUUGAUCCAAAUCCAUCCAAUGCCUUAUCUGUGUCUCCAUUAAGGUGCACAAAAUAUCUGCAUUUAGCCACUGUGCAUUUUGUACAUCAUGUCUUAUUUGUACUUAUUCUAAGCCACUUGGAUCUGUGGCUUCUACAUGAAGGCUACAUGGGUUUGGGAACUUAUCUGGUCAAUUCCUUCAGCCGCAGCAAUAGUUUCAUACAGAGCUUAAAAGAAGAAGAAAACCUUGUAAUUGUUUCUUUUAUAAUGAAUGUAUACUGACAGGAUGUCAUGAAUACAGUGUGAAAACUGUGUAUAUAAUUUGAAAAAUUAAAAAAAAAACAAAUAUUUCCAAGGUAUUU